AGUUAGGAAUUCAAAAACACGCUGAAGCAUCUGAGAAAAACAGAAUUUAAAGUGAAGAACUCUCAAUUGAAAUCGAAAAGGAAAUUUAAAAAAGGGGAAAUUAUUCGAAGCUGCUGCUGUUCUGGUUUUUGUUUUUCCAAGUUUGUUCCUGAACUUAGAAUUCUACUGUUGCUCUGCUGGAGAUUGCUUGUUAAGCUUCCAACCUGCUGAUUCCAGCUUUAUUUGGCUUUCUUCUCUUCUAAAUUUGAUCCUUGUGCAGCUAGGGACUAUAUAUAUUCUUUUGGUGGAUGCCGUGGAGGGCAAGACCAAAGGCUGGUAGCACUAUGGCUGGAGUCGUGAAUAAGUUCUUUAUCACUUCUUUGAUUAUGUGGGCAGCUCCCGUUGCAAUUUUGUACGCCUUUAACCACAGCUUAAUUCCUGGUGUAACUGAUAUGUCUCCCCAUUCUAUGACAUUAGUGAGUGGAUUUGUUGCCGUCAUAUCGGUCAAUGUGGUUAUUGCAUUUUAUAUAUGCUUGGCAAUGAGAGAACCCUCAGAUAAACAUGAACCUGAUCCUAAAUUCCUGGCAGAGGCCAAAGCUAGCAUAAAGCAGUUAGGGAAAAACCAAGAUGGUGAUUCUUCAGAAACCCGCUCUAAACAAGAGUGAACUAAGAGUAAAAAAAACGUGAAGUUUCUUGAAUGCAUUGGGUGUGCAUGCAGAUGCCAAAACUUGAAAAGAAGACAGCAAAAAAGUUGUGAAAUCACUCGAUGAGUGCUUUAAGUUUCUUCGUGGUAUUGAACUUAUCGUUCUAAUUUUGAGGGAGAAGAGGGCAAAAUCAUUAUAAUUUUCGACUUGGUUGUAAAACCAUUACAAUCGUUGUGUGGAGGACUUUGUUUCCAGUUUAACUUGGUUAUAUUGGUUGGUGCAUGGUACACCACAUAUUUUGCUUAUAGUUUGGCUUGUACUUUCAUCUUCAUUCCACUUCUUGGUUCGUAUAUUAAUGUUGUAUCUGGCUCAUGAAUAUUAUUCACAUUCAGUCUCUCUACUACCUUCGUAAGGUAGGAGUAAGGUCUGUGUACAUAUUAUCCUUACCGGACUCCUCUUGUAGGAUUUCACUGG